AGUAUUGUUGACUUAGUUAUCUCCUCUGCAGUCUCCAUUUCCAAAUGUCUUCCCCAUUCGUCGUCACAUAGAGAGAAGCGACAUUAGAUAGGCAUCGGCUCCUUCUUCUUCUUCUCCUCCUCUCUCACAAUAAAAUCUCCAAUUUCUUGAUUCCAUUACCCCCAAAAUCAGAUCUUCGAUUAAUAAUUUUGAAUGUGUUGAAAUGUCGUUCAAUCGGCAACUUCUCUUCACUUCUUACCUUUACUUCUUCUUCGUCGUCUCUCUUAUCUUCUUCUCCGGCUUCGCAUCCUCUGCAACAUUAUUACCCAAAGAAGAAGUCGAAGCAUUAAUAAGCGUAGCGGAGGCGUUGAAUAAGACUGAUUGGGAUUACACGCUGGAUCCAUGCAACGAAUCCAUAACUACAGGCGGAUGGAGGGGUCUCAACCAGCCUAAAGGCUUCGAGUACGCCGUUAACUGUAACUGCACCCCCGCCGUUUGCCACGUCACCCACAUAAUUCUCAAGGCACAGGACCUAGGGGGAUCUCUUCCUACUGAUCUUUCGGGACUUCCUUUCUUGCAAGAGCUUGAUCUUACUAGAAACAAUCUCAACGGUUCCAUUCCUGUCGAAUGGGGAACCUCAUCACUUGUAAACAUCUCACUACUUGGAAACCAGAUAACUGGUCCAAUCCCAAAAGAACUCGCAAACAUUUCAACUCUUUUUAGUCUUGUCUUGGAAUACAACCAAAUCUCAGGGAAGUUACCGCCAGAGCUCGGAAAUCUACCCAACAUUCAAAGACUGCUUGUUAGCUCGAACUACUUGACCGGGGAGAUACCAAGUACAUUCGCCAAACUUACUACUUUGACUGAUUUUCGUAUUAGUGACAACCGAUUCACUGGUACCAUACCAGAUUUCAUCCAGAACUGGAAAGGACUUGAGAAACUGGUUAUUCAAGCAAGUGGUUUAGUUGGACCGAUUCCUACUGCCAUUGGUCCUCUUGGCACCUUAACAGACUUGAGAAUCAGUGACUUGAGCGGACCUGAAUCUCCAUUUCCACCACUACAAAACAUGACAUCGAUGAAGACAUUGAUUCUGCGGAACUGCAACCUUACAGGAAACUUACCUCCUUAUCUUGGGAUCAGAACCUUGAAAAAUUUUGAUCUUAGCUUUAACAAACUGAGUGGACCAAUCCCCCAGGAAUAUGCUGCUCUUUCAGAUGUAGAUUACAUAUAUUUUACAAGUAACAUGUUAGACGGGGAAGUACCAGGCUGGAUGUUAGACAAAGGGGACACGAUUGAUCUUACUUACAAUAACUUCUCCAACACCAGAGGAUGUCAAGAAAGAUCCGUGAAUAUGUUUUCAAGCACAAGCCCUUUGGUCCCUUUAGUGACAAAUAACUCCUCAAAUAUUACCUGUCUGAGCAAAUAUGUCUGUCCCAAAAGUAAGUCUUUGAAGCUAUAUAUACAUUACAAAACCAUAUCGCUUAAUACCUAUCUGUGCGUAUCUGAUUUUUUUUUGCUUUUGGUCAAAAACUGCGUAUCUGAUUUAUCUUCGGUGUCUAAUCAUUUGUUCUCAGCUUUCUACGGCCUUCAUAUAAACUGUGGUGGUGAUGUAAUAACAAGCAAUGAGACUAAGUAUGAUGCUGACACAUGGGAUACACCGGGUUACUUUAAGAGUGACAACGGGUGGGUUUUUAGCAACACCGGAAACUUCUUGGAUGAUGAUCGGUCUAACAAUGGAAAAACCAAAUGGUCGAAUUCAUCAGAGCUCAAGAUAACAAAUUCUAGCAUAGACUCUAGGCUUUAUACAAAUGCGCGUCUCUCAGCCAUCUCCCUCACAUACUACGCAUUGUGUCUUGGAAGAGGAAACUAUACAGUUAAUCUUCAUUUCGCUGAAAUUAUGUUCAAUGAAAAAACCAAGUAUAGCAAUUUGGGAAGAAGAUUCUUUGACAUAUACGUUCAGGGUAAACUUGUGGCUAAAGAUUUCAAUAUUGUUGAUGAGGCAAACGGUGUGGGAAAAGCUGUGGUCAAGAAAUUUCCUGUUUCGAUUACAAAUGGGCAACUGGAAAUAAGAUUGCAGUGGGCUGGGAAAGGAACUCAAGCUAUUCCUGUGAGAGGUGUAUAUGGUCCUCUCAUAUCGGCUAUAUCGGUAGAUCCAGCUGAUUUUUCCCCACCAAAGGAGGAUCAACCUGGCACCGGAACUUCUGUUGGUACAGUGGUUGGUAGUGUAAUCGCUUCGACCGUAUUUCUUGUGCUUUUAAUCGGCGGUAUAUUAUGGUGGAGAGGCUGCUUAAGACCUAAGAGUCAGAUGGAAAAAGAUUUCAAGAACUUAGAUUUCCAGAUCAGUUCGUUCUCGUUAAGGCAAAUCAAAGUUGCCACGGAUAACUUUGAUCCUGCAAACAAGAUCGGAGAAGGUGGUUUCGGUCCUGUACACAAGGGAAUAAUGACUGAUGGAACAGUAAUCGCGGUUAAGCAGCUAUCAGCAAAAUCAAAACAAGGGAAUCGGGAGUUCUUAAAUGAGAUUGCUAUGAUUUCGGCUCUGCAGCAUCCACAUUUGGUUAAACUAUAUGGAUGUUGUGUCGAAGGUGAUCAGCUCUUGCUAGUUUACGAGUACUUGGAAAACAAUAGUCUUGCGCGAGCUCUCUUUGGUCCUCAAGAGACACAGAUACAACUAAACUGGCCAACAAGGCAGAAGAUUUGUGUCGGGAUAGCGAGAGGAUUAGCAUAUCUCCACGAGGAAUCAAGACUCAAGAUUGUACACAGAGACAUCAAAGCUACUAAUGUCUUGCUUGACAAGGAUCUAAAUCCAAAAAUCUCGGAUUUUGGUCUUGCUAAGCUUGAUGAAGAAGAAAACACGCACAUCAGCACACGAGUCGCAGGAACAUACGGAUAUAUGGCUCCAGAAUACGCCAUGAGAGGCCAUUUGACAGAUAAAGCCGACGUCUACAGUUUCGGCAUUGUGGCUCUGGAAAUAGUUCACGGAAAGAGCAACACGAGCUCAAGAUCCAAAGCCGAGACCUUCUACCUUCUUGACUGGGUGCACGUUCUAAGGGAGCAAGACAAUAUUAUGGAAGUAGUGGAUCCAAGGCUAGGAACAAGUUACAACAAACAAGAAGCAAUGACGAUGAUUCAGAUAGGGAUGCUCUGCACUAGUCCAGCUCCCGCUGAUAGACCUUCGAUGUCGACGGUAGUGAGUAUGCUCGAAGGCCAUUCAACGGUGAAUGUAGGGAAGCUGCUUGAAGCUUCGUUCAACAAAGGAAGUGACAAGGACGAAGAGAGCGUGAGAGCGAUGAAGAGGCAUUACGCCAUGAUAGGUGAGGAGGAGAUAACGAACACGACAACCACCGACGGACCUUUCACUUCGUCUUCUACGUCAACCGCCAACGCAAGCGAUCUUUACCCUGUGAAGCUUGAUUCUGCUUACUGGAACACCAGAACGUAAGUCAUGGAUACACCAGAACACUGUUUUUCCCCGAAAAAAAAAAAAAAAGGAAAAAUAUGGAGUAAGUUGUUAUGACGUUUUGUAUUAUCGCUUUUUGUAAAGUUUCAUUUUCAUGAUUAUUAAUUUCUUUAAGACAUUUAGAAGAUUACGUUACAUGAAACAGAAAAUGAGGCUAUUUAUAUUUAUCUUAAGAGGAAGAAUCAAAAGGUCCUAAAGACCAAUUUAGAUGAGAUAAUAAUGCUGAGUCAAGCAAGACAAGUAUUGUUGUUCUGUUACCAUUUAUCUAUUUAUUUGACGUA